AUAUUAGAGCGGCUACGUGAAAAGAUGCGUCUUCGAGUUAAAUUGGCUGGACCUGAUGCAGAUGCUGACGAAAAUGAAUUUCGUAAAAAACUGGAUGCAGAAUUGGAUGAAGCGGAACGAGGAUUGCUUGAAAAGGACCAAUUGGUGAAACAACUUAGUACACAGAUAUCCGAUCUGGAACAAUAUGUACAGUUGUUACAGCGGGAAGCAGUGACUCUCUCCUAUAUUAGUUCUGGAACAGCCACUGGUUCAAAUUCAUCACCUAACAUAGAAGCACAGCCAGCAAAAACUAACAAUAAUCAUGGGACAAAUAACUCAAUCAUUAAUUUGGCUCGCUACCUUUGGUAUGAGAAUUGCAUCAACUAUAUUUAUUUUAAUUAGGCCAAAGUCCCAAGGACAUUUUGAGAAAAACGAGCUGAAACGUUCAGCUCUUUGCAAUCACUAUGGAGAUCAACGAGCAGAGUUAGAAUUGGCAGUUGAUAAGGUGAUACAGGUAAUACGCAAACAUCAGAUUCUGAGUGUCGACCGUGAAGAGCGUGCAGAACUUAGCGUAGACGAACUUAACAAAGUUACUAUGGAAUGUGAUCAAGAGGCAAUCGUAAGUUCAGUUAGGAAGAAGCUAUGCCCAGCACUGCGCGCACUUCUUGAACAUGGUCUUCAACCUUACGUGGUGCCAGUAAAUCAAGGAAACAAGUUACUCCCUUCAAGAAUAAAUAUAUUUUCAAAUAACAAGCAGCAUGUUAAGAGCAGCCAACAUGUUAAAAUUGAGGCUCGAAGAUUAGAACAUAUUUGGGAUGUUAUAAUUUUAUUUCUAGAAACAAGUAGAGCAAUAGAACUGCGAGAUGGAGUUAUUGGAAAUCUUAGUGACACUUUUAAACUAGAAACAAUGGAGUCAUCAAUGCUUCCACAUCCUACCUCAAAGCAAAUUCUACUUUCUACGAUUGAAUACAUAAUUAAUAGUCAUGGACGAUUAAAACGUUCUCAGGAUGCUCAGUGGAAAGCAUUCGUAUGUGCUGCAUUGAACCGUAACCGACUACCAGCUUGGAUUCGAAUAAUAUUCCGAUCAGAUAUUGUUUUAUCAAGAUGUUAUUACAAAUGGUCCUAUACAGCAAGAACGGGGGUCGAGGAUAUCAGGCCGUUGCUUGAAGGACUUCAGCAAUUUAAUUUUGGUAUGAAUCAGUAAUAAAAAAUAAUUGUGACAAAUUAAGAUUUGCCUGUUGACUUGGCUGUUAGACCGUUCGAGAGUAUCAAGGAAGCCUUUGGAUAAAAUUUUAAUAAUGUUAUAUACAUAUCUUUUUACGAUCAAACGUAUAAAUAAGGCACUUUCUACAAACGUCUAAUUAAGGCAAAAGCCAUUAAGACUAAAGGAUUAUAUCCGUAGAUUUCCUUUACAGGAGUUGUAGCUUUAAUAAAAUUAAAUAGUUUAGGUAACUCAACGUUUUUUCAUUAACUUAGGGCUUGAUUUUCCGUACAUCUGGACAUUUUCGGAGCGCGCCUGUAAUGUCUCUUUGAAAAUUAAAAUUUUGGCAUUCUGUUUUUAAAGAUUGUUCCAUUAAAAAAAGAACACUGUGAGAGAAAAAGAGUCAAUUUUUUUACAUUCUUAUUGUUAGUUUAUUUUACAAUUGUUUCCAAUCGAUUUAUUACUUCGAAUAUUUUUACGCCAAUCGGCGACCUUUUUUCUAAUCGGCGAAUUUUUCUAAAAUCGGCGACUUAUUUAGAAUCGGCGACUUUUCUAAAAACUCGAAUUCGUCAGUGUCUAAAUUAUAUAGCACUUUAUGGGUUGGGGCACUUAGAAAUGUAUGUUGCGCUUAGAAAA